CUGGCCUGCCUCGCGGCCAUGGUUGACGCUGCCGGCGUCCUGGAGAUCGACCUGGUGUUUCCACGCAACGAGACAUACGCCCCGCGGACAUGGUUCCCAAUCGUGUUCGCUCUCCGCAACGCCCAUCUCGCGCAGCAUCUCCUACUUCGCAUCGGCUGGACGAUACUGAACACAACCGGCCCGACCAGUGAGACGCUUGCAGGCCGCGACCAUGACUUGAACUUGACGAGCGGGACCAGCUAUGAUGAGCCAUACUUUGUCUAUGACUGGCCAAACCUGAGAUGGAUGGGUGACGAGGGCCACUUGGAGCUGUUCUGGUGGGCACGCUGGAUCAGCUGCGAUUUGAGCGGCGAGGUGCCCGCUUUCCAUGGCAACAGGACUGAGCGCUUGACGCUGGGCAUCGAGUUCACCAUCAAGAGCGGAGGGCAGGCGGUGGAUCUCGUCGCCGCCACGGCAAACAACAACGAGGGGACGUGCGCACAAUCAGGCGUCGCCAUUAACGUCACCGACGAGACCCGAUGGGUUCCCCACGAUACCUCGGAACCGUGGGCCUAUGCCAACGCGAAUUGCGCCGUGCUGGCUUCCUCCAGCCCUACCCCGACCGCGAAUCCUUGCCAGGUCGAGAUCAACUCUGCUGUUGCCGAGAGCAUAUCGGCGUCCAUGAUAUCCGAUCUCUGCCCCUACAAAGCUGCCAAUGACACCACCGUGGACUGCUCAAAAGACAAUGCCGCUGACCGACUGGCCGUCGCGGGCGUGGCGUGUUUGGCGGCUGCGCUUGGAGCGCUUGGUUUC